CCAGAGUGUGUAAUAUGUAAACUUUCCUUUUUUGUACUUUGAACCGUACUUACAUGUGAACUUUACAUUGUUUGAACUUUGCUUAUUGUAGAUAACAUUCGUCUACACAUGUCAGACGUGUUUAGUGUCGCUAGAUCAAUACGGGCGACCAUAGACGGAUGUUUCAACAUGCUUGUGUUGAAACUGGUUUCGUUUUUCCUGCUUGGAGUUUUCUUUAGUUAUUACCUGGGUUUGUCAUGUACAUUGACAACUCUUGCAGUGUUUGUUGUUUAUGUUGCCACUGGAGGCUGGAUAUUUGUGAAAGCAGUCGUUCAGACACUUCCUCGUGACUGGAGGGCUCUUAAAGUCUUACUGACAUUAAAAUGGGCAGUGAAAAAGUACAAUCAGUCAGGGAUGAGCAUCCCGAAACUGUUCCAAGAAACAGUCAGGAAGUAUCCCAAUAAGACUUGCUUCAUUUAUGAAAACAAGACAUGGACCUUUCAGGAGGUGGAUUUAAUCACAAACGCCAUUGGCAACUUCUUCAAUGAAGCUGGACUGGGGAAGGGAAGUGUGGUUGCCUUGGUGAUGGAGAACCGACCAGAACUUGUGUUUUAUUGGCUCGGGCUUGGAAAGAUUGGUGCCAUCGGGGCUCUGAUAAACUUCAACCUCAGAGAGAAAUCCCUGCUCCAUUGUAUACAGGCAGCUCAAGCACAAGGCAUUGUCUUCUCCGAGGAAAUGACACCUGCAAUAGCGGAGAUUUCUCAGGACAUCCCCAAGUCAUGUCUAAUGUACUACAUGAGCAGUGUGGCCUGUCCCAUCCCCGGGGUUAUCAGUCUGGAUCCACUCCUCGAGAAGAGCCCCACUUACAAACCACCUGAGCCCCUAACAAAGUUCACAGAUCGGCUGUUCUAUGUGUACACAUCAGGGACCACCGGGCUCCCAAAGGCAGCUAUCAUUACUCAUUCAAGGUAUUACUACAUGGCAAGCGCCAUCAACAUGUUUCUACGCAUCACCCCAGAGGACGUGCUGUACAACGCCCUCCCACUCUACCACACGGCAGGCGGGAUUAUCGGUACAGGCCAAGCUCUUCUCUGGGGAACCACCGUCGUUGUCAAGAAAAAAUUCUCCGCCAGCAGGUUCUGGGAUGAUUGCAUCCAGUAUAAUUGCACAGCUGCCCAGUACAUUGGUGAAAUAUGCCGGUACCUUAUCGCCCAGCCGGUCAAGCUGGCAGAUAAACAGCACCGGGUACGGGUCAUGUUCGGUAACGGACUUCAGCCAGGGUUGUGGGAGGACUUCCAGGCAAGGUUUGGCGUCAACAUCAUGGGAGAGUUCUACGGAGCUACCGAGGGCAACUGUAAUAUUAUUAACUUUGACAACACUAUAGGAGCGUGUGGGUUUACAUCAGUGAUAGCGCCAUUCAUGUACCCUGUGACCUUAAUCAAGGUCGACAGUGAAAAUAAGAUCAUUCGUGAUAGGAAUGGGGUGUGUGUUAAAGCAAAGCCUGGUGAGCCAGGGGAAUUGGUGGGCAGGAUUGUUACAGGCGACCCGCUGCGUCAGUUUGAUGGGUAUGUGAGCAAGGACGCCACAGACAAGAAGGUGGCUCGAGAUGUGUUCAAGAAAGGGGAUUUGGCAUUCCUUACUGGUGAUGUGCUGGUCAUGGAUGAGCGUGGUUAUAUGAAGUUCCGGGAUCGUACAGGCGACACGUUCCGAUGGAGGGGAGAAAACGUGUCCACAUUCGAAGUUGAGACAACCAUCAGCAAGAUAAUUGGUCUCAGUGAUGCUGUUGUAUAUGGUGUUGAAGUCCCAGGCUCUGAAGGUCGUGCAGGCAUGGCAGCCAUAAUGGAUCCUGAGAGCAAAAUCAACCUAGCUGACCUACAUAAGGCUCUCCAUCACAGCCUUCCGCCAUAUUCCAGACCCCUGUUUAUACGAUUACUGGACCAGGCUGCUGAUACCACCGGUACUCACAAAUUAAAGAAGACCACAUUACAAGCAGAGGGUUUCAAUCCAAAUGUUGUAAAAGACAGGUUGUUUUACAUGAACACAAAACUAGCACAGUAUGAAUCUCUGACGAAAUCUGUGUAUGAAGAUAUAUGUAAACAGAAAAUACGGAUGUGAAAUUUGGGGCAGUUUAGUGCAUAAUACAGGGGUUCUAGAGGUCAGAAAUAAUCCUGAAAUUAGGAAUGAGGGUAUUUAACUUUAGACUAUAUCAUAGUCAUAAGCACUAAUUUGCUGGGACAUUUGCAUCAAAACUGUAGGAAGUACAUACAUGUACCUUGAAUUGAACAUAUUUUUGUAAACUAUUUCAAAAGGGGUCCAUGCAAGCUCCUUUGCCCUGCUUUGAACUUUAAUCCCUCAUACUCAAACAGAUGCCCGGCUAUUUUCAGGAUUGACAAUUCUCAGCUGAUAGAACUCCUAAUGUUAGUUUCAAGUGUGUGCUUGAUAUAUUUUUUUAUAUGUAAACUCAUGCUAGAUACAAUCAACUUUACUGAUAAUUGUAAGUUCACUUUUUGUUUAAUCAUGAUGGGUUUAAGUUAUUUCUUGGUCUAACAAUGUAACACUGAUAUAUUUAAGUUGAUUCUUGGAAUAUAUUCAUGAUACAUUGUUGAUUUAUAAGCUGAUUCUUUAUAAAUAUAUUAGAGUUAAUUCUAGUCUUCAUAAAACCAUAAUAAAUUAUCACAUGGUUAAAAGUUAAUUCAUGAAAUAACUGAUGAUUUUUUUUGUAGAUUUAAGUUAAUUCUUUGUAUGAGCAUGAUAGAGCUUAAUCCUUGCUGUAUUAUUUCAGCCAUAAUUGAUUAAUGAUUGUUUUGUUUGUGCCUUAUAACUUUAGAAGCAUCCCGGCCGGCCAUACCUCAACUGCCAUGAUAUUCUGUUUUACCUGAUGGCCUAUAAUUACCAAUUAGACAAUUGUCUGAAUUUGACUUUAAAGCUGCACUCUCACAGAUAUACUAUUUCUACAAUUUUUUAUUUUUUGUCUUGGAAAGAGCAAAUUUUUGUGUAGAUAUCUGCAAACCAAUGAUAAAAGAUUGCUGACAAAAAAACAGAUUGCCGAUUAUCAUAUUUCCUUUUGAAAAAUAAUGUUUUAUAGCUUAAACUGUUACUAACGUUUAAAAAACAUGCAUAAAACAUCAAUUUUUCAUCAUAAUUGUUAAAAUCUGUGAUCUUGUUUUUUGUCAGCAAGUUCAAGUUCAAAGUUUAUUGUACAAAGCCAGCAGUCUUAUAUACCUGAUUGCCAUGGAUUUUCGCAAAACUUGGCUGGUUUCAAGACAAAAAAUAAAAAUAUUGUCAAAACGUUCAAUCUGUGAGAGUGCAGCUUUGAGAUGAAGUUAAAAAAAUAAAAUUUUGCAUUCGCUUGAGGUAAUGAUAAUUAUGAUGAAUUUCAAUAAUCUUGUAUUAAAUAUAUUUAUUGAUGAAAAGUAUUACCAGGGUAAUUUUUCACCUUUCAAUUUCUAAUUAUUUCGCAGAACUAUUUCAUCUAAAGAUUUUGAAAAAAUCUUAUCAGUUUUUAAUUGAUAUUACAACAUCUUGGAAAGUGGUUUUGCUGUCAAGAAUACAUUAUUUGGCAUACAGUCUUCAAACUGACUAUAUAUUUUGACAAUUGUCUAGAUUUUUGAUACUUGUUUAUUUUCUAAGUAUUUUUGUACUGUGAAUUAUUACAUUAUAGUUCCUUAUUUAGCAUUAUUUUGUAUGUAUUGGCUACAAAUAGAUACAUGAA